AUUCAAUUUGUUAAAAGAAAGAGAAAGAGAAAAUGGCGCGCAAAGGAAGGAGAAAACGCUCGGACUCCCUUCGAAUUCGCCCAAGCCCCCAUUUCCUCGGAGCCUUUCCAUUUUUCUCUCCCUCUCUUCCUCCUCGUUUUUCUUUUACCCAAAAAUCAAAGUCAUUUUUGCUUGUAAUUUGUUUCUAAAUUUAAAUUCAAAUAUUUGAUCUUUCCAAAAAAACAAAACAAAUAAAUAAAUCAGCAAUGGCUUACCCAGAGAACCCAUCCCGCCAAUCUUUGAUCCCGAGUUUUCUCUACUCUUCUUCGCUAACAUCGGUUAGGAUGACGAAUGUGGAUCAGAAUCUGACGUCCGGAACGAACAACCCAUCUGGGCCGCCGGCAGCAAGAACUGGCCGGAAUUUCAUGAUCCCGGCGCCGAAGGAGAGCAGGAUAGAGAUGUUCUCGCCGGCUUACUACGCGGCGUGCACGUUCGGAGGAAUUCUUAGCUGCGGCCUUACUCAUAUGACCGUCACACCACUGGAUCUGGUCAAGUGCAAUAUGCAGAUUGAUCCUGCAAAGUACAAGAGCAUUAGCUCUGGUUUUGGGAUUCUGCUCAAGGAGCAAGGGUUCAAAGGCUUCUUCAGGGGUUGGGUGCCUACACUGCUCGGUUACAGUGCACAGGGAGCUUGCAAAUUCGGCUUCUAUGAAUUUUUCAAGAAGUACUACUCGGACAUGGCUGGUCCAGAGAAUGCAGCCAAAUACAAGACUCUGAUCUUCCUAGCAGGAUCUGCUUCUGCUGAAUUUAUUGCCGAUAUUGCCCUUUGCCCGUUUGAGGCAGUUAAGGUUCGUGUCCAAACCCAACCAGGUUUCGCCAGGGGCUUGUCUGAUGGAUUUCCAAAAUUUGUCAGGGCUGAAGGAGCUUCAGGGCUUUAUAAGGGGAUUGUCCCACUUUGGGGACGACAAAUUCCAUAUACUAUGAUGAAAUUCGCCACUUUUGAAAACAUUGUUACGGGAAUUUACAAAUACGCCAUUCCAACUCCGAAAGAACAGUGCAGCAAGCAGUUGCAGCUCGGGGUCAGUUUUGCCGGUGGCUACGUGGCCGGUGUUUUCUGUGCUAUUGUUUCGCACCCUGCUGAUAAUCUGGUCUCGUUCCUCAACAAUGCCAAAGGAGCUACAAUUGGUGACGCUGUGAAAAAGCUUGGUUUAUUGGGUUUGUGCACUCGAGGCCUCCCUUUGCGUAUUGUCAUGAUCGGGACACUUACUGGAGCUCAGUGGGGCAUUUAUGACGCGUUCAAAGUUUUUGUUGGACUGCCGACAACUGGUGGUGGUAGUCCUGCUACAGCUCAAAAAUAGGGAUAGUUAGAACGGAGUCCUAAAAUUUGGCAGUUACGGUUGAUGAAAGAUGCUUCUGUGCUCGCCUUACAGAGGUAGCUGUAUUUGGACAAGUUUUGCACUGUUCAUAUGAGCAACUCACAUCAAGGGCUCAUAAUAUUUGAAUUGAAUAUCCCUUCACGAACUAAUAGUAAUUAUUCUCGAAGCCCAAAAAUGAUCUCUCUUCGUGCACGUUGCUAGAUGAUCUCUAAUCUUGGAUUAGUAGAAUGUUUUUAGGGUACUCCUCUCAAUGAUAUGAAGCAACAUUUAAAUUGUUUAGCGUAAAGUUUGUCUUCCCCAAGUCUUUCUAGAACCCUAAGAAGGAACUUCAAGUGGUCUACUAAGGUCUCAUUGUAGACUACAAUAUCGUCCAGGUACACCACAACAAAUUCAUCCAGCACGUCGUGGAGAACAUGGUCCAUAUUUGUUAUGAUUUUCUUUGUUAUGAAAUAAUUUUUGUCUGAAUUUGUUUAGUAAAUGACAAUUUUUUUUUUUUU